UCAUACGGGAGAGUUCCAAUCAGGGGCGGAUAAGUAACUUAUCGGAACCACUUAUAGGCAUACGCAAAUGAAAUCUCUGAAAACAAGUUGUUUAGUUAAUUGAGUAAGGGUACCUUCUCGAUGUCAUCAAUAAUGGGUACCCUUGGUAGGUGCGAUUUGUGUAUAGUCUCGUAUACAUCCAAACAACACAAAGAAAGUCAUUUAAAGGGAAAGAAGCAUCAAAAAAAAUUUUCUGAAAGAGAACGUUUUUGCACAUCUCUACCUAUUCGGCAGGUAGAAUCGCCAAGUAAUGUACAGCCGGUACACGCAGCUUUGAGUAACAUACCCCCAUAUAAUACCGAAGCCAUUACAGAACCGACAAGAUCACAAAAUGUAUCUAUUAACGUGCAGACGACACAGACGUGCAAAGAAGAUGAGAACAUUGUUUCGCUACGGCCCACGUCUUUAGAUCGUAACGAAUUUAUACGCAUUUAUAAAGAUGAAGACGACGAGAUAAUAGGAUAUAAAUGCACUCUUUGUUCUAAAAAACUUCAAUGUGCUAGUGCUGUAACUUCUCAUUUGCAAAGUAGCGCACACUGCAAAAAUGUCUCCGAACAACCAUCAAAACUUUAUAAUUUACCUCCUAUCGUACACCACUGUGAAGACCCGAUCGAUGAAGCUUAUUGCUUGACAGAUUCAAUUCCGAGAGGUUACCAAGUCGAAUUGUUUGAAAAAUCUUAUUGUUACGACAGCAUUAUAUUUUUACCCACAGAAUCUCCGUCAUCGAAAACCAAAGAAUCCGCUGAGAAAAAAAUAAAAAAUUCCGAAAGCUUGUUUUUUUUGAGGGAGGAGUGUGACUGACUGUUGUCCAGCUCCACCUGAAAAAAGAACUUAGAUUCAUUUUUUUCUUGUUUGAGUAAUAGAAAAAGGUUUUUAAAAAGAUCCCAUGUAUCAUGAUGAGAGAGAAAAAUUCAUAAAUAUGGUGUUGAAUAUGGUUUCACUAUAGAAAAAAGUUAAGGCUGAUUUAGCUGUUGUUUUUAGCAUAUUCACGACCGUCUGAUAUCAUCCACAUUUGUUUAAUAUUUUCGGUUAAUUACUACAAGUUUGCUGAGCCACCAGUUAGCAAGUUAACAGCCUAAUGGGUGUAGGAAGAUCUGUAUUGAAUGUUUUACAGUAUAAGCCUAGUUGGGAGUAAGAAGAAUGUUUUAAAGUGUAAAAAAUGCACCAACGUACCUUUUAGGAGUUAUUGGUGAGCAACAUCAAGAACCGGGAUACAUUCUUCCAUAUCAUCAGGAACAUGAGUAUAGUCUUGCAGCCUCCAAAAAAAACUAAUGAAGUCGCUGGGUUGGCUAGGUCUCAUUCCAAGUCAAACAAUACACCUUUUCAGGCUUCCCCCAUAAACACUCAGUAUUUUGAGUCUGAAUAGAAAGGUAUGCCGUUUGAAAGGUAUUUAUAUAAAACUAGCAAACGUAUGGUUUAAGUUGCUUUGAACUACUGAGAAGGAUAAUGCACAGCAAUCUAUGUUUCCGAUUAACCUAGGAAUGCAAAACCAAAUUGAAGGCUGGCUAUUGUUGAGGUCGUUGCACUUUUUGAUGCAAAGUAGAGCUACUGAAGUGUUUUGGGAGUAGAUUACAGAUAACGACAAUAAAAUAUAGUGGUUUUACAUGAAAGUGAAAUUGCUUGUCAAAAACAGCCACAUAAAUGGUGUAAGGAAGACGUUAAAACUUCCACUCUGCGAUUUUAUUCAACAGUAAAGGGAACUAUUUUUUUUGGAAAGAAGUAUGAUUGGUAUGUUAAAAAAUGGUAGUGUACGACCACUCUGAAAUUGACUUCAGGUAACGAUGAAUGAAGACAUGAAGAGUUUGACUUCAGUUAAGGAAUACUGCUUUGCAUCUUAAGCAGUUCACAGUUGAAAGAUGUUGCAUUGUAAGGCAGACAAACAAUAAAUAAAAAAAAAAAACGUGAAAACAACAAAAAAAUAUUCUGUAAUGAAAAUAUAGGACCAUACAGAUUAAAACAGUAUGGAAAACAGUCGAAACAACUAAAUAAACAAAAUGCUUUCACUUUACAAAAUACACACCAAUACACAUAAAGAAAUAUAGAAAGUAAUAAUACACAAUUACAACAUAAAUAAAUAAUAGAAUAAUUGUGAAAACCACUAGAAAAUAUUCUCUAAUGCCAAUAUACAACCAUAUACAUUAAAAAAGUAUAGAAGACCCUACAUACAAAAAAA